ACCGGGCGACGCUGUGUCCUUGACAAUAGCGCAACCGCAGUUAAUAAAUCGUCUAGCGAUAUACACGGUGAAUGGGGUAUUGAUUUCAUAGUAACCCGAUCUUUUAACGGACUUAAAUAUCUAGAUCUAUCUACGGGCAUUUAAAUCGGCAGAGAUCGGUGGGACGGUUGAUUAGCAACCUGGUAUAAUACGAAACUUUUCGUUGAGCAGCCGAUUUUCGUGAGUGCUAUAAAAUGUCUACGGAGGCAAAAUCGGCUCGUUCUGAGCCGCCUGCUAAGAGUGAACCCACAGCGCUUAUGCAUAGCUUUGGAUUUAACCCGAACCCUAAAACAAUAAACUGGGAGCGACUGGAGCUACUGCGACUUCAGAAGCUGAGACUUGGGCCCGAGAGGUAUUCCCGCCAUUUCCAGCGUUUCGAACAACGUGCCAGCGAUCCGCCGGCUCCACUCGCCGAAAUGCCGGCGGGACCUCAGCGCCAAACCACUCAGUACAUUAUCACUCCGGGUGGGGAGAUCCGGAAGUCGAACUCGAUAGCGCCGUUCGCCACCGUCGGCAAGCCGACUUGCGGUUUCUUCUUCAGCCGAGUCACCGACAAUAAGAAGAAGAAGAUCGGAAUACCACCGACGAACCUUGUAAAAUGGCGAUCAUUCGUGCAGUAAACAUUUAUGUUUUAUUUUGGACAAUUUAACUUUUAUAAGGAUAUUCAUGAAACGUGUUGGAUUUAAUUAUAUGCACUUCUUUCCAACUUUAACCAUGCAAGGUAUUGACUUUAUUUUCGUGCAGAAUAUAUAAAAGGAUAGAAUGCUGAUACCCAUCAACUUACAAUUUGAAAAAGGACUGGUAAUUCGUGAAUCAUGAAUACGUUUCAGUUCGUUUGGCCAGAGCAGCCGACAUUAUCUCGUUAUUUAUUGUGAUGUUCUUACAAUCUCCUGGUCUAGUAUUGUUAUCAGUAUUAUGAACUAUUUAUAGGUGCUUCAUGUUUAAAUAAGUGUUUUAAUAAAUGUACGCCCUGAAUAAAUUAACAUAAGCUG